CACUGAAAUCAAAACAUUCCGGAUUUUAUUUUUCUCGUGAGGCAGACGCAAAAAUGUCGCGUUUUAGCAGUGCUCUUCAGCUCACCGAUUUGGACGAUUUUAUCACUCCAUCUCAGGAAUGCAUCAAGCCCGUCAAAAUAGACACGAACAAGAGCAAAACUGGGGCCAAGAUAACGAUUCAAGAGGAUGGAUCAUACGUUCAAGAAUCUACGAGUGGCAUACAAAAGCUGGAAAAGGUGGAAAUAACGUUGGCGGAUUGUUUGGCCUGUUCGGGUUGUAUAACAUCCGCCGAAGGGGUACUGAUAUCCCAGCAAAGCCAAGAGGAGCUAUUGCGCGUGAUGAACGCGAAUAAUCUAGCCAAGCUCAAUAAUCAACUAGAUGAAAUCAAGUUUGUGGUCUUCACCGUGUCGCAACAGCCAAUCCUGUCUCUGGCACGUAAAUACAAUCUCACGCCGGAGGACACGUUCGAGCAUAUCGCUGGUUAUUUCAAAAAGCUUGGGGCGGACAUGGUUGUGGACACGAAAAUUGCCGAUGACUUAGCGCUGAUCGAAAGCCGCAACGAGUUCGUCGAACGAUACAACACCAAUCGCAAAACGCUCCCGAUGCUCGCAUCCUCGUGUCCGGGAUGGGUGUGCUACGCGGAGAAAACGCAUGGCAAUUUUAUACUUCCGUACAUUUCGACCACCCGCUCACCGCAACAAAUAAUGGGGAUGCUGGUGAAGCAAUACCUGGCCAAACUUAUCGGUACCACGAGCGACCGGAUCUAUCAUGCCACCGUUAUGCCUUGCUACGACAAAAAGCUGGAAGCCUCACGUGAAGAUUUCUUUAGCGAGGUCGAAAACAGUCGAGACGUUGACUGUGUCAUAACCUCUAUUGAAAUCGAACAAAUGCUAGAAAGUCUUGGACUACACACGCUCCAACUCAUCGACAGGUGUCCGGUUGAUUGGCCGUGGCCGAUGGCGCGACCACCGGCGUUCGUUUGGAGUCACGAGUCGUCCGGCUCGGGAGGAUACAGUGAGCAUAUCUUCAAGUAUGCCGCCCGGAAGCUGUUCAACAUCCACGUCGAGUCGGUCGAAUUUAAGCCGCUUCGCAACAACGACAUGCGCGAAGCGAUUCUUGAGCAGAACGGAGAAGUGCUACUCCGCUUUGCCAUCGCAAACGGAUUUCGCAACAUACAGAACAUGGUUCAGAAGUUAAAGCGAGGAAAAAACACUUACGAUUACGUCGAAAUAAUGGCGUGUCCGUCGGGGUGUCUGAACGGUGGUGCACAAAUUCGCCCCGCCGAUGGAAAAACGGCACGCGAGCUCACGGCAGACCUUGAGAUGAUGUACCGUUUGUUACCCCAGUCCAACCCCGAGAACGAGAGCGUGGAACAUCUGUACACCACUUUCCUGGACAACGAUGGCGACAACAACAAACGAAAGAACCUGCUUCACACGAGCUACCAUCAGAUAGAGAAGAUCAACUCCGCUCUCAACAUCAAAUGGUAACAGCGGCAGCGGCAAAGACCCCGUUUCUUACACAUUAUUUUAUGUUCUCUACCGCGGUGCGCGUGUAAAACCAAAAGGUAUAGCAAAAAUAUGCGAUAAAUAAACAAACCGUUCGCUCGAUUGGCGGCCAGUAGCGACGCUACG